CGCGAAGUAGUCUAUGGCGGUGAGUGUAUUGGUGAAAAAUAUAAAAAGUCCAAUGCUAUAUAUUAUUGAAUAUUUGGCAAGCUUCUUUUUUUCUCUGUUUCAAACUUUUCUUUAAGUAACAUGUUUUCAGGAUACAUGAAAAUAAUGUGGAAAUAUUUGUAUUAGUUUAAAGUGUGUUUUGGCCCUGAGCUCCGUGGAAAAAAUACUAGUGUUUUAUGAACACAUUUUGGGAACAAUUACUUGAUAGGCAUUUGUUCUGGACGGUGUACAUCAGCGAACUGUUUUAUUUUAUUGAUAAAUAAAUAUUUAAUAAUAUUGUGCUGCAAGGUUGCUUACGGACAGAAUGAAAAUGAAGUUAAUCGAUCAAGUAAUUCGUACUUUCAAAGUUGCGAAGGUAUUCCGAGAGAAUACCGAUAAAAUAAACAGCAUCGACUUUUCUCCCAGUGGCGACACAUUGAUUUCCUGCAGCGAGGACGACCAGAUAGUUAUUUACGACUGCGAAAAGGGCACCCAAAUAAGGACCGUCAACAGCAAAAAAUACGGUGUGGACCUAAUACACUUCACCCACGCUAAAAACACUGCUAUUCACAGUUCAACCAAAGUGGACGACACGAUACGGUAUCUGUCCCUCCACGACAAUAAGUACAUUCGAUAUUUCCCCGGACACACAAAAAAGGUGGUGUCUCUGUGCAUAUCACCCAUCGAAGACACGUUCCUGUCGGGGUCGCUGGACAAGACGCUGCGACUGUGGGACCUGCGCUCGCCCAACUGCCAGGGCCUCAUGCACCUGACGGGGCGGCCUGUGGCGGCCUACGACCCCGAGGGCCUGAUCUUCGCGGCCGGCGUCAACUCGGACAGCGUGAAGCUGUACGACCUGCGCUCCUUCGACAAGGGCCCCUUCAUCAACUUCAAGCUGAACCAGGAGAAGGAGUGCGACUGGACAGGGCUGAAGUUCAGUCGCGAUGGCAAGACCAUCCUCAUCUCCACAAACGGCUCGAUAAUCCGCCUGAUCGAUGCGUUCCACGGCACCCCGCUGCAGACGUUCACGGGCCACCUCAACAACAAGGGCAUCCCCAUUGAGGCGUCCUUCAGCCCCGACUCGCAGUUCGUGUUCAGCGGCUCGACGGACGGACGUGUGCACGUGUGGAACGCCGACACGGGCUACAAGGUGUGUGCGCUGAGCGCGGACCACCCGGGGCCCGUGCAGUGCGUGCAGUUCAACCCCAAGUACAUGAUGCUGGUGUCUGCGUGCACCAACAUGGCCUUCUGGCUGCCCACCAUGGAGGAGGGCGUGUAGCGCCUCCGCGUCGAGCCCGCUCCACUCUUGCAUUUAUCUCCCUCACCCUUCUCUGUGUCCACUGUUCGCUGUGUUUCAUCCAGGGCGUGUUCGUACAAGUGGACGUGGGCAAAUCGUUUUUUGACUACCAAUAUGUUUGUUGGAUACAAGCUUUUGCAAGCAGAGUGGAUGGUAAAUUUUAUUGGUUAUUUCCUGGAGUAGUGUCUUUUCCUUAAAAAAAAAAAAGAACUGAUCCGGAAAUGGUCAUUUUAAAAAUCGAUUUUGGGUAAUGUUUCUUUACUAUCUCGCAAAACUGAGUUUUCAAAUUCCUAUUAGAUUUGGAGAUAUUCAGUUUUUUUUACUAACCUAACCAAUAUUUCACUAUGGAAACAUUCUUUCUAUUUUCCCAUGGUUGUUUACACAAUAGGUAAUUUACUCAAUUAUAAAUUACUGUCUUCGACAUGGCUGAAACAUACAACAUGACAUAUGUAAUGUUUUUCAUACAAUUAAUUUAUUGGAAAUUCAUAUUGUCAACUUGAAAAGUAUCGUAACAUUAAUUAACAGUAUUUAAUAAUACCAACUUCAUUAUAUUUGAUCUUUUUCAUUAGGAAUGCAUUUUACUCUAGAUAAUUAACAAUUUUUGCACCAUACUGUGAUUUAGUUAUAUUAUGUUUACAUAGCAGUUAUUGUUUAUGUACCUCAGUGUGCUAGGGUUAUUCUCAAUGCAUUGCCAUUCUUCCAUAACAGUUUGCAUGAGAUAGGGUUGGCAUGCAGUCUCUAAUGAUGUAACAGUACAGUGUUGUAUCUGUACUAUGUCAUGCUCGUGUGAUUAUGGUUGGAUCUCAACGAAGCCAGCAUGGUUGCACUAGAGUAGCAGUCACCGGGAGCCUAGAUGUUUGAUUAAAAACUUGAAAAUGUGAUGUUUGAGAACUAAAAAUGACAUUUUUGCCCCAUCAGAGUUUUAAACUUGUACAGCGGUUAGAGUGAUGAUGUUGAGAAAAAUUGUUGGUUAAAAAUCAUAUAAAAUAAGAAAAUAUUAAUGCAAUGUCUAUAAUUUCUAUGAGAAUUUAUUGAAUAAUUUUUGAUAAUUUUUCAUGAAUAUUUACUCAUUUUCAACUCAUAGAACCAUAUAAUUUUUGUCUGAUUUCAAAGGACUCGAGAAAAAGCAAGUUUUCUGUAGUCAGUAAUAUCAAUGUUAUCACUAACCUCCAGGUCACUGCAAGAGAACCAUGCAGCAAUAACCUGCUCUUUGCUAAAAAUUCACAUUACUGGCUAAUGUAACUUACAUAAAAAUUUCCAAGAAAACAAAAAAAUUACCUUUCAGAGACCCGUUGAAUGUUUAGCUUGACUUGUGCAUGCAUGAAUUUUGCUUGGGAAAAAAUAUUCAAAACACUGUGCAAUAACUGACUGUCACUGAUUUAUUAAAUCAUUAUAAAUGCACUAUUACUUACAUUCUCACAACAAACAAAACUACUUUUCUGCAUGAACUCAUCUAACUGACAAAAUAAAAAAAAGAAUGGAAAAUUUGAUGAGCAUUGUCACACACUCCAGUCAUGCUGUGGGAAUGGUGCCUCAUAUAUAUUAUUUAUAAUGUGGAAAUAAAUAGUAUUUGUAAUUUUGCAACAGGCUUUUGUGAGAUAAUCAAUCCGGUGUUCCUUAAUCACUAUUUUCUGAAUAGUUUCAUCUUAUUUAAAUAAUAAUGUUUGUGAGAUUUUGAUUACCUUGAUUGGCACGGAACGGAAAGUGAUAGAAUGUGUUACAAUAGCAGAUGAGGUCACAGAUGGAGCGCGGCGAGAUUAUCUGGACUUUUCCUGCGCCAGCCCCACAAAGCUGAGACACACUGUUCAACUUCUUACCUUGUCUUGACUCGUCACUCAUUCUGAAUAUAUGUAUAGAAGUCUAGCAUUUAUUGGUGUUUAUUAUUGUUUUCCAUUAUAUCAGUGAGUUGAUGAAUCAAAAGGAACCCCAAUCUUGUUAUAUUUCGGUGUCCGCUUAGCUUGAGCGAUCGACAGUGAGGCAAAGUGAAGGUUGGAAUGAGGGGAUCUUGACUUAAUGCGUACAAGUUGAGAUACUUUUUUUUAGAUGCAGUAAAGAAUUAAUUAUGUAUACGUAAGAAUUAUUCUUAAAACACAUAUUUAGCUACCUACCUUAAAAAUUCUCCUUACAGAUGAAACAAGAGAACUCGACCUCAGCAGUUUCCUUGAUGCUUGUCAAUACACGCCCUGUUCUUCCAAGGCACUGCUCUCAGAUGCUCUGGUUCAUGAAACGGUACAAACGAAGGCAUUUCUUUAUAUUUGGUCAGAUCGAGCAGUUUACCCUCCGACGAAACAUGAGCUAGUGCGCGAGUAAAUGUGGAAAAUGAGUAUUUUAAUUGUAAAUAUUGUACAGUUCACACAUGUCCCAAACAGUGAUAGGACAUUGUAGUUAGCUUAGUUUGUUAAUGUGACAUAACUUUGAAAUACACUGAUUUUAUUUGUGGGUGUUGUUUGAACGACUGAUGAGAAGACAGCAUUUUAACUGUAAAAAUGUUUUUUAUGUUUAUAAAGAUACAGAAAUACGUGUGGAUGUAAUUGUCAAAGAUGGUACCAUCUUCACAUCAGCAACUGUUUUCUGAAGCACAUAACAUUAUGUGACUGUGCUGACUUUGUUGUCAUGAAUAUAAUCUCUCACAUUUUCCAGUCUGACAAGUAUCAGCUAGUUUGUUCACUCCGCGUAAUUAUAGUGCGCAAAGUGUUCAGAUCUAUCCUUGCGUUUGUUAGACUGCAGCCAUUACUGAUUGUCGCAUGAACAUCCAGUUUCGGCUGUUGAAAGCAACAAUCUCUCUUGUCUCAACGAUGAACAGUACAUUUCUAAUUUUGGUAAACCUUUUCUGAUAUUAAAGUACUUGACAUGGUAUAAAAAUGUAAAUAACUUGGCGGAGGACUUAAUGCAAGGUUAGGAGAUAAACAAAACAUGCAGAAAUUGUUUCUGCACAAUUGUGUAUAUUUUUAAGAAAACAGUGCCAUUGGUGCUGUCACAUGAUCUAUACGUAGCGAAUAUGCAGGUACGAAACAUCAACUUUGAGAUUCAAAUAUUAAACAGUUUAUUUAUAUCACAGUAGUUUAUUAUCAGAAGUGGUGCCGUACUUGAAAAACAUCAGUAAAAAAAAAAAACACUUGUGUUAGUAAGUGUAGUAAUUUUUUUCUGUCUCACGUUAUUUCCAAUAGGUCCUAAGAUGGUACAUAGGUACUAGUAGCUAUGUUUAUUUUUGUACCAGUGGGGAGGGCAUGCUGGCAGGUGGUAGCUCGUACUCUACGCUAGUGUUUUGUCUCCGGCCAUCAAGUUGGCUUUUACACUCCUUACAUUUGGCCAGCCUGAGCGGUCCUCUCAAGGCUGAUUGCUAGCACACUUUUUAACAAUUACAGAUGCUACAUUAUAAAUAUUUAUACUAGAAUAAAGAAGAAGUAAUAUGCAUGGAAAGAUUAGGAAUUUUGACGAUUAGUUUAAAAGAAUGCAUGAUUGUUUAAACAAAUUUGUCUUUUUUGAAAUUGAUAGCCAGGGGGCUGUUAGAUUAAAGGUAUUUAAUUAGUGUACAUUACAUGUUUGAGGUGAGCAUUUACGUAAUGUUAGUUUUUGUUUUUAGUGCCGGAUGUAAAUGGGCUAGCCAAGGCUAAAUCAUUACUCGUAGUCAUUAUAAUGAAUUUGGACACCUAUCCAUUUUACAACACUGAAAUGUCCAAUUUAUCUCAAAUUGUUGAAAAUAUGUCAUAAAGCUUUGGGCUGCAGCACUUACAUUGAGUGUAAAAUGUAAUAGCAUUAAUCAUGCCAGGUGUAAAAAUUGUGAGAGUUUUUAACAUUUAUUAAUUUAUAGUAUGUUAGGUUACAUGUAAAAUGCAUUAUUUUUGUGUGCUUUUAAGUGCUACAUGUAACAUGGACAUUGUAACAUGACAUGCAAGGUUUGAUCAGAACUGCAGAACGGGUUAAAGGCACCUGCAGUUGUGACCAUUGCUCCGUCGCACUCCGGCUUCUGUCCCGUGGCUCAGUUGUCACAGCUGGUCUAGGGUUGCAGGUGUGAAGUGUAAAUUAUAGCCUGUACAUUUUAUCAUGACAUUUGUAUAACUUACUUUCUCAUUAUAUUUAGUUGUGGCUGUUGGUUUCUUGAUCUCAAGUGAGUGCAAGCGAGUGCCGUGUUCUCGGAGGUGAAGUCGACCGCCGCCUCAUCACGGAGCAGUGCGGCCAACCGUUCGCUAGCCACGACCACUCCUUCUCAGUAUUUUAUUUGUGAUAUGUGAUUGUGUCUGUAGAAUAAGUGUUGUUGGACAGACUGUAAAGCUGUGUAGAGAGGUUUGUAGAUAUAGUUGUUUUUGGUACGCAAACUUAGAUAAUUGUGUCCUCAUGUUGUACAGAGUAAUAAUUAGUAUAAAAUUUUUUACCUGUGUGCAUGUGUUCGUAAUGUUUCUAAACAUAGUGAUUAAAACAAUAAAAUUUUGGCUAGUUGCCAUAACUAA